AGUCUCUGUUGCGUCAUGAUUCUCGUCUCCUUGCUACUGCUGGCUGGCCUGCUGCCAUACUUGGCCCUCUCUGCCAGUGUGAAUGUUGGCAUAGUGAACGGCACAGAGGCUAAACCCCACUCCAGACCCUACAUGGUUUCUGUCCAGAAAGAUGGGGAACACAUCUGUGGUGGCUUCCUCGUGUCGGAGUGGUUUGUCAUAACAGCUGCACAUUGUAGGACACUUGGAAGUAAGCUGACGGUGGUGAUGGGAGCUCAUCUGCUUGGCGAGACACAUGGUUCUGAGCGCAGGGAAGUUGAGCCCUAUGUCUAUGAGAACUACAAUGAUGUUACGUUUGACAGCGAUCUCAUGCUUCUGAAGCUACGUAGAAAAGCCACUAAAAGUCCGACAGUGAGCUGGAUCUCGCUCCCUAAAUCUGAGGAAGACAUUACAGCUGGAUCAAUCUGCAGUGUUGCUGGCUGGGGAUAUACAGGAGACAACAAACCUAUCAGCAAUGCGCUUAGGGAGACCAACGUCAGCAUUGUAAGCACCGCAAUAUGUAACAGCAUGUGGAGGGAAUUUCAAAUAACCCCAAGAAUGAUAUGCGCAUUCCAUCCUGGAGGGUUUUGCCAGGGAGACUCUGGAGGUCCUUUGGUGUGUAAUAAUAUUGCAGUGGGAAUUGUUUCCUUCAAUGAGAUGGGCAACUGUAACUCACCCAGGGUUCCAAAUGUGUAUACCAAAAUAUCUGCAUUUCUUCCCUGGAUCAAACGCUUUAUUGGUUGAGCUGCCUUUGGAAAGAGAACACAACAUUUAAUAAAUAAACCCCCCCCCCCAAAAAAGCAUUAUCUAAAUUUUAUCACAAUAAACACACUUAUCAAGCAUAUUCCUGUUUAUCCCCAGUUUUAAUGUUAAACAC